UUAUAAUCAUACAUCUUCUCUCUCUCACUUUCUCUCUCUAUAUCUUCUCUCUCUAAAAGGGGCUUUACAGAAAGGAUGGCAGAAGCUCAAGAACUGUGAGCCAACCAAAUUGACCACCAUUACUCUUUCCUUCAUCCCUUCUGUUAUCAUCAGUUUUCAUCAAUUACAACAAAUAUUCAUAUUAAUUAAUUUUAAUUUCAUUCUCAAAAAAAAAAAAAAAAAAACGAGGCAGCAAAAUGACCUCGCCUCUUCCUCAUUUCUCUACAGUUAUCCCUCCUACUGUUAGUGGCAGUAGGUUUACUCGUUUCGAUCCCAUUUAUUUUUCUUCCUUCAGCCGUAGACGAUUUGCCCCUCUGUCCAACUGUUCUUUCCAGAAAAAUAAGUUGCCUUCUGGAUAUGAGAGCACAACAAGACGUCAAAGAAUAGAUAAUUCGAUCGAUGAAGAUAAAAAACACGAGAUCCAAAUGUUCGGGUCCGGUGAUGAAGUUUCCACAAAGAUUCCAACUCAAGCCCAGUCUCUCGUCGAAGGAUCUAAUUCCGUUUUGGUCUCCGAAUAUAAACCGAGUGCUGAUGUGGAUUACCUCCAGGAGUUACUAGCAAUUCAACAACAAGGGCCGAGAACAAUUGGCUUUUUCGGGACACGAAAUAUGGGGUUCAUGCAUCAAGAACUCAUCGAGAUUCUCAGCUAUGCACUGGUCAUAACCAAAAACCAUUUAUUCACCUCAGGAGCAUCAGGUACUAACGCAGCUGUUAUAAGAGGAGCUCUUCGUGCUGAAAAACCCGAGCUUCUUACUGUUAUUUUGCCUCAAAGUUUGAAGAAGCAACCCCCCGAGAGUCAAGAAUUGCUCUCUAAGGUAAAGAAUGUAGUCGAGAAGCCUUACAACGACCAUCUUCCUCUGAUAGAAGCCAGCAGGUUGUGUAACAUGGACAUAAUCUCACAAGUUCAACAGGUUAUUUGUUUCGCGUUUCACGACAGUAGAUUACUCAUGGAAACCUGUCAAGAAGCUAAGAAUAUGCGAAAGAUUGUUACUCUUUUUUAUCUCGAUUGAUUCGACUUUCGAGUCCUAAAGGCACUAAUCGUUUGUCAAUAUGUCGUUAUUCAAAAAGGUGAUUUUUUUUUUUUAAAUUUUAAAUUUUGGGUUUAAAUGGCUCAUUUAGCUUGAAGAUGCUAGUUUUGAUUCCAACUUGUUUGGCCAAAUUGGAUUUGAUUUGAAUGAUGGGGUUCAUUUUUUGUGUUACUUUAUUAUUUAAAUUCAUGUGUACAAUACUGCCUUCAGACUUUUCUUAUUUUAA